CGACCCCACUGUACUUGGCCCCGCGUUUGGCGUAGCUUGGGCGUUUGCAUUGAUGUACUUUCAUAUUUACAUCGACCAAAAACACUCCAAUCGCCAGUUAUCAAAACGAUUCUAGAAGAUGGCUGGUGGUAAGAAAAAGAAGAAGCCAGCUACAAAUCCAGCCAGAGGGUUUGCUACCACCUCAAUUGCCUCGAAACCCAAAAACGAAGCAAUUGAAGCUGCGCAAGAAAAGGACAUUGCAGACGAACCCAUUGAUACGACGGAGAGUCAACAGCUAGGAGACAGCACGAGAGAAGUCGCAGGAAAUGGAACUUCGGAUCAAAAAUCGAAUCUGACACCCGAGGAGUUUGAGAAGCAACUCGAGAAUUCUGAACUUCAAAUACUCGUCGAGAAACAUUCACAGAAGUCAAAAAGAGAUGCCCUCCGUCAAAAGACCCGAUUAGAAACCGAUCGUAGAGUUCUGCGAGGUCAAGCUGAAACUCUCAAUACAAGAAAAUGGCUCCCGCCUGAGCUUAUGGAAGAGGUUUUGGAUUUAAUAAAAAUGGAAGGACGAUUUUCUGGUCCAGCAACAGACACGACCUCGAUGAAGCAGAUAUCGGAAGAGGACCUUGCAAUUCGGCUUUGGACUUUACAACAGUCCCUUGUUGGGGCAGGGUUCGUAGCAGAUAAAGUAUUAUUGGCUCUGCAGCAUGUUUUGGAUAUUUCAGAUAAGAUUGGUGGUAGCAACAAGGAAACAAUUUGGGGUAUGGAAGAAUCACUGGAUUGGCUUUCCCGUGAAUGUUCAAGGGACGAAUUGCCAGACUACCAAAAUUCGCAUCGCAGAUUGGCAUCUACCCAAAAGUCUCAAAAUGGUAUGUAACAGCCAUAUUGUGUUUUACUCUGCUACAACUAAUAAUCUUUUCUUCUAGGUACUCCAUUUGAUAGCCCCAUGGCCUCGGGAACUACUACACCAAGAUUCGAAUCAGACAUGAGGCAUUCCCACUCUUUACUUCAAAAUGGUGGGAAUACCCCUCGGAAUGGAAAGAGGCAAGAAAACAAUAAAAAAGCAGCCACAAUAGAUUAUGAUAGUGAUAUUGAUCCGGAUGACCUCCUCCCAGUAUACCUAAAAACAAAGGAAAAAAUGUUUAUAAUUCAAAGCUCAAAACCUUCCACUGGUAUUCGUUCGAAUGGGAAAAAGAAUGCUCAGAAACCACAAAACAAUGGAAGUCCUAUUGAUGCAGAGUCAGCCAGGCUGACAAGGAAGCUCAAGAGAAUAGAGGAUGACGUCUUGUUUGACAAAUAUCUUGCACACCAGCAAUGGAAUGCCCAAAGAAUAAGACUUGAGCGGGAUGCAGCUACCCAACGGGCUUCCGAAUCGGUUGUAUGUGAUGGGGAAACGCAGGAAUCUGAUAUUUCUGUGGACUCUGAUGAUGAAAUCAGUAGAGAAGCAGCUGCGAUUGGCAAAGCUAUGCUUGAGGAGACCGGUAGCGACGAUGAUGCGGCGCUAGCUGAUCUUUUUGCUAGCUUACCUGUCAAUGAAGUGGAUCCUCUGACUGGUAAAAGCAGUACGGUGAUUAACGGUAAGGAUGGGACAAAGGUUACCGUUCGAGACUUUGGGAAGUGGUCAGGCAUCAAUCCAAUCAGGGUGCUGGAGGAAGCAUGCCGAGCAAGGUGAAUGACGCAAAAGCUAUUAGAGAUGACCACGCUAACAGGAGGGCAACAGGGACUCUUCAGUAAGAUUGGCCUACACUCUCAUUUCCGAUGCCAGUUAUUCCAAUCGUCACAACCUUCGAAUCACCUGGUCAAAAUCUCAAGAUCUGCUUGCAAAUACACCUCUCUCCCAAGUCGAAUAUGCUUCUAGUCCAAAAUUGCAAAGUUUUACUAUGGUUUCGGUAUCCACGCCAGAUUCUCGCCAGUCCGAAGCAUAUAUUGCCACCACUGCACUGUUUCUUAUUUUUGGAUCGUCAGCAAGAGAGGACAAAGUUUCUUUGCGUUUACCGGCAGUAUGGCGUGAUCUUUGGACUGAAUUUGCCGAGAUUAAAAGAGAGAAAUCUGAUGAAGAGGAUCGCAAUGCCAUCAAGACAUUCCGUGAUCUGGUUCGUGCAAAGCGAGAUCAAGAAUUAGAAGAUGGUGUUUUGAUACAUGGUGCCUUCCGAAAUCGAGGGGCGGUACGGACCACCGGUAACGAGGAUACUUCUAUAGACAAAAGUCUUAAAGCAGGUUUCGCUCCGGAAACAUAUCAGAGAAUAUGGGCGGAAAAAUGCUCGUCGCAAAGUUAUCAACAUAUGCUCCAAUCUCGGAUGCAGCUACCUAUGUGGUCGUUCAAAGAUGAGGUCCUUGGUGCUAUAGAUCGGUCACAGGUAGUUAUUGUUUGUGGCGAGACUGGAUGUGGGAAAAGUACGCAGGUACCGGCAUUCAUUCUCGAGCACCAGUUGUCGAGAGGAAAACCUUGCAAGAUUUAUUGUACAGAGCCUCGACGUAUUUCUGCGAUCUCUCUUGCUCGACGUGUCAGUGAAGAACUUGGUGAACGCAAGAGCGACCUUGGUACACCUCGCUCACUAGUGGGGUAUGCCAUUAGACUCGAGUCCAACACAUCAAAAGAGACUCGCCUUAUCUAUGCUACCACCGGAAUCGUGAUGCGGAUGCUCGAGGGGUCGAAUGACCUCAGAGAUAUUACGCAUAUCGUCCUUGACGAAGUCCACGAGCGUACAAUAGACAGCGAUUUUCUCCUCAUUGUCCUCCGAAAGCUGUUGGUACGCAGACCUGAUUUGAAAGUCGUUUUGAUGUCUGCAACCGUCGAUGCCGAUCGUUUUUCAAAAUAUCUAGAUGGUGCUCCGGUUUUGAACGUCCCAGGACGUACAUUCCCUGUCCAGGUCAAAUAUCUCGAAGAUGCUGUUGAACUUACAGGCUUUUCUCUUGAUAAUGGCCUGCAAGAGAAAUAUACUGACCUUGAUGACGAUGUUGAGCUAGCGGAUGUGAAUUCCAAUGAGACAACGAAGAGUGAAAGUACAAAGACUUUAAGAGGAUACAGCAAUAAAACUCGUAACACUAUUGCACAGUUUGAUGAGUAUCGGAUUGAAUUUGAUCUCGUUACUCAACUAAUUGCAAAGAUCGCUGCCGACGACCGAUUGGUGAUGUAUAGCAAAGUAAGUUUGGUCCGAACUCAAGCCCCGCUUUAUAACAUUUGAUGUAUUACCAUUCCGUGAAAGAUCAAAUCCAACUUUUCCUAGCAUUGCUUUGAAUCGUACUGACCAUGCAAAGGCCAUCCUCGUAUUUCUUCCAGGUAUUGCUGAGAUCCGAACCUUGAAUGACAUGCUCUGCGGACAUCCAGCAUUCUCGUCCGACUGGUAUAUAUACCCAUUGCAUUCGACUAUAGCUAGCGAGGAUCAAGAAGCUGCCUUCCUUGUACCGCCGCCUGGAAUAAGAAAAAUAGUUUUGGCUACCAACAUAGCUGAAACUGGUAUCACCAUUCCAGACGUCACUUGUGUAAUUGACACUGGUAAGCAUCGCGAGAUGAGGUUUGAUGAGAGGAGACAGCUCUCCCGUUUAUUAGAAACUUUUAUCAGCAAGGCAAAUGCCAAGCAAAGAAGGGGUAGAGCUGGUAGAGUACAAGAGGGACUGUGCUUUCAUCUUUUCACAAAAUAUAGACAUGAUGAAAUGAUGGCCGAUCAACAAACCCCAGAAUUUCUUCGUUUGUCCCUUCAGGAUCUUGCCAUUCGAGUCAAGAUUUGCAAGCUAGGAGGCAUCGAGGAGACAUUAAGCGAAGCGUUGGAUCCCCCCUCUGCUAAGAAUAUUCGCCGUGCAAUUGAUGCGCUUGUAGAUGUUAGAGCACUGACUGCAGGGGAAGAUCUGACACCAUUAGGCGUUCAAUUAGCUCGGUUGCCACUCGACGUCUUCUUGGGAAAGCUUAUGCUCCUUGGUAGUGUUUUCAAGUGUCUCGAUGCAGUAGUCACAAUUGCUGCUAUUUUAUCAUCAAAGUCACCAUUCUCUGCUCCAUUUGGACAGCGCCAGCAAGCGGAUACUGUCAGGCUUGCCUUUAGAAGAGGCGAUUCUGAUCUUUUGACAGUUUACAAUGCAUACCUAGCCUGGAAAAAAGUUUGCGUUGCCAAUGGCUCUGAAUACCAAUUCUGUCGCAAGAACUUUCUUAGCCAGCAAACUUUAUCGAACAUUGAAGACUUGAAAGGACAAUUGGUGGUCUGUCUUGUGGACUCUGGCUUUCUCCCACUUACAGAGGCUGAGAAAACUGCCCUAAAUCGGUACGUGAUUUCAGUUUGUUUCUUGAAUAAAGGCUAACUAGUAUAGGACACGUUACUCGAGUCGCCGUCGACAAUUUUUUGAGAUACCCUUUCGCAUUAAUGCAAACAGUGAUAAUGACAUAAUUGUCUCGUCUGUGAUUGGCUGGAGUUUCUAUCCAAAGCUUCUUAUCCGGGAUGGUAAAGGCUUCCGCAAUUGCGCCAAUAAUCAAUCCAUUAGUCUACAUCCUACUUCCGUAAAUAAGGGUCAUCACGAGCUCAAAUGGCUCUCAUACUAUCAUAUCAUGCAGGCCAAACAGUAAGUUCUCAUCUAAAUCUUAGCCCUUAUCACCACUAAGCUCAAGCAGAUUUUACAAUGCCCAUGAAACAACCGCCGUGGAAGAAUUCUCGAUUGCCCUUCUUUGCGGAGACGUCCGCUGCGAUGUAAGUUCAAGCUUUGAUUAUAUUAUUAGAAUAACCUGCUAAUCUUACUCCAGAUGUAUGCUGGUGUUUUCAUACUAGAUGGCAACAGAGCUCGAUUUGCUGUAUCGGACUGGAAAACCAUGCUUGCUAUUAAAACAAUGCGAGCUCGACUACGAGAUAUACUCACCAAGUCUUUCAAGACACCUGGAAAGGCCCUCACAAUACAGCAACAAAAGUGGAUGGAUCUCUGGCAGAAGAUCUUCUCACAGGAAUUCAAAGAUAAAUAGAGCGGGUAGGUUGGGAUUAUAUGGACUGGUGGCCAUGUUUCAUUAAUCUCAUGUAGGGCUUUAGCGAGAUACCUGAAAUUAGCAUAAUUCUAUUUAAAAUACAAUACA